AUGGCGGGAAUCCGUGCCGCGUUCCUCCCGCUGCUGCUUCUCGCCGGCCUUACCGCGUGCGCUGGGUUUUCCGCCAGGCCGUUCUUUCCCGGCGUCCUUCGUUUGUCGUCAUCUGACGUGGCAGAGCCUCAGCAACUGCUCCAGCAGCAGGAGGAGAAGGAGGAGGCCGUCCCGUAUAAUGACGGGUUUGGCAGCAGCAGCAGCAGCAGGAUUGGGCUGAGAGGAAGCGGUUCCUUUCUUGCGAGAGACGUGGCUGUUUCUCAGCAGAGUCAGGAGCCACAGCAGCCGAAGAAGGAGAAGAAGCUGAAGCUGAAGCAGCCACCCCCGUCGCAGGGAGUGGCGUACCGUGCAGUGCCGGAUCCGGACCUCGCAAUCCCCCCGUUUGAGUCACCCUACACGGCUCCUGACAUUCCCUUGGACUUCCACCAGCAGAACGGCACCAACUACCCCGAGCAGGUGCUCCUCGCCCCAGCUUCCCCGGAUGGACUCUUCAUGUUUGUACGGUUUGUCAUCCCCAACAUCAUGCCGUUAAGCGCAUGCGAGAAGAGGCACAAACUUCCAAUUGACCUGCUUAAUGAUUUGGGGGAAGAAGCAAGGCGUGCCAAGUUAAACUCUGGGAAAGAAGUCGAGGAGGAGGACGAGGAGGAAGGGGAGGGGAAUGAGGGAGAUGAGGGGGAUGAGGGGGAGGAGGGGUUGGUGGAAGACGGGAUGGGGGAGAGCAAGUGCAGGCGUAAGCGCUCUGUGCUGUAUGGCAUGGACCCAAACGCCCUCAACCAAUCAGCGAGCCUACGUGUCCCGUCUUCCUCCCCUCCCACUCUCCCUCUUCCACUGAUGCUACCAGUGGUCGUUCCUUCCGCUACUCCUUCGCCGAGGGCACAGAUGGAGCAUACGUGUGAGGAGAUACCUUCUUCAUCCCCAUCGGCCCACUCCUCCCCUCCUUCCCCUACUCCCUCCUUCCCUGUUUCCCCCCAUCCCUCUCUCCUCUCCUCCCCCCUGCUGCUACCAGUGGUCGUUCCUUCCGUUACGCGUUUGCAGAGGGCACAGACGGGGCAUACGUGUGAGGCGAUGCCUUCUUUAUCCCCAUCGGCCCGCUCACUUCUUUCUCCCCUCUUUCGUUCCCCCCUUUCCCCUCCUGCCGUCACCAGCGGUCGUUCCUUCCGCUACUCUUUUGCCGAGGGCACAGACGGAGCGUACGUGUCGGGAGAUACAUUCUUCAUCCCCAUCGGCCCUCUCCUCCCUUCGACGCGCUACUACUAUCGAAUCGAGGGUUCCCCAGUCACCCACUCCUUCACCUCGCUCCCGGCCCCUGGCUCUACGUAUCCCUUCAAAGUCGCUCUCGUGGGCGAUGUGGGUCAGACGCUCAACAGCAGCACCACAUUUGACAACGUGAAAGCCGGCAGCCCCAGCCUGGUGCUGUUCGCGGGGGAUCUUAGCUACGCUGACCAGUACGGCCCACCGCACUGCACCCCUAUGGACUCUGCUCAAUCUCUCCUGACUGCUGAUUCUCCUGAGGCUGGCGGAAAGAGCGAGAGCGAGAGGGAAAGGAAGAGCAAGAUAUGUGGGCUGGGAGGGGUGCGGUGGGACUCCUACGGCCGCUUGUCCGAGAAAGUAUUCGCCCAUAUCCCUGUGGCGCAUGUCCCAGGGAACCAUGAGAUCGAGCUCGUGCCGAGGUGGGGCGAGCUGCGCCCGUUCAAGGUGUAUUCUGCGCGCAUCCCCCCUCUGCUGCACCACCACCAUCCGCUGCUGGCCAGCCUGCUGUCUAAGGCUGGAAUCACUCCCAACAACCACCACCACCACCAUCACCACCACCAUGCGUACCCGUCCAAGGCGCCUCUCUUCUACUCCUUGGAUAUCGGUCCCGUGCAUGUGAUCGCCAUCAACUCCUACUCGCCUUUUGUUAUCUACACGCACCAGUGGUACUGGCUGCGGGACGACCUGUGCCGAAUCGACCGCGAGAAAACCCCGUGGGUUGUAGCAUUCAUGCACGUGCCUCUCUACAACAGCAAUGAUGGGCACUACUUGGAGGGCGAGCCGAUGCGGUACGAGGUAGAGGAGUGGUUGCACGAGGCGGGGGUGGAUCUGGUGGCGAGCGGGCACGUGCAUGCGUACGAGCGCAGCUACCCUGUUUAUGGCAUGAAGAGGAUGGAGAGCGGGUGUGCCACCGUGCAUGUCACGGUGGGGGAUGGUGGCAACAUCGAAGAAAUUGCCGGCCCGUUCCUUGAGCCGCAGCCGUCGUACAGCGCGUACCGUGAGGAGUCCUUCGGGCAUGCUGAGCUGGUGUUUAAUGACAACCACACCGCCACCUACAGCUGGUACCGCAACCACCAGGGAUCAGGAGUGCUCGCUGAUUCCUUCACUCUUCUAAACCGCGCCAACAGCUGCGGCGGCCUUCGCCGCCCGUCCUUCUGCUCCUCGUAG